AUGAAUAUGUUUACUAUAGCGCUUCUUGCAAUAUCUUUUAUUCUGAGUUUAGUGAAAUCGUACGAUUUGAACAAUCAUUACCGAUUCACUGAUAAUUACUGGCCUCCAUUAACGACAAGUGCUUCUGAAGAUGAGAUCAUCACUCGAGCUAUUGAUCAACUACAUCGUAUAUCUGGUGCCUCUGAUUUGAAUGAAUGUCUUGCUUGUAAACAAAGAUUACAAGUGGGUAAGUUUAUUGCCUUAAUCAAACCAUCUUUGGUUCCAGAGAUUUACACUACUUGGUGUCUUGAAAGCGGAUUUGAUCAAACUCAGUGUCAUAUGAACUUCGGAUACCCGUCGAUCGAUUACUCAUCCACAGGAGCUGAUUUCACUAAAGUGUUGUCUUUGAUGAAUCCAGAAAGUUUAGACGGGGAUUAUUUCUGUUACCACCAUGAUAGAAGUUGUCAUAUAUUAUCUGAGACUCCUGAAAUCGAUAUGGAAAGUUUAUGGCCUCCACAACCUUUAGAUUAUAGACCUCCGUUAUCAAGUGGAAAAACGUUUAAUGUUUUGCAUUUCAGUGAUGCUAACAUUCAGUUGGAUUAUACCUUACAAAGUGAAUCUAAUUGUUCUCAAAGCAUUUGUUGUGCCCCAUAUAGCGUUAAUUGUAAGGAGCCCGAUCUGGAUUAUUACUAUAUGGUUUCAAAGAAUGGAGGUGACUUUGGAGAUUCCUUCUAUGAGAGUACAUACAAAUCAGGUGCUUUUAUAAAGGGUCAAUUCGUCGGUAUGUCGUCAAGUGAUAAGCAUUUAUGGCAACCAGCUCAUGAAUUUGGAGCAUAUACUUGUGGUACGCCCACUUUACUUCUUAACAAUACUUUGAGAACCAUAAGUUUCUUUCAUGAGAACCAUUUGUCGUUUGAAUUUGCUCUAUUCAAUGGAGGUGUUGUCCCUACUAGGGAUCGAAUCCUGGUGGAUAAAGAAUCAGUUAUUGCAUCUUUAGAACACACGUACGGUUUAUUCCAUCAUUAUCUAAAAGGGUUCCCAAUCCUACCAACUAUUGGUACAAGAGAUGGGUUUCCAACUAACCAGCUUGCUCAAAAGAAAUUGAUAGAAUCAAGUAAUUCCUAUCAAUGGCAAGUAGAUCUUCAAACUGACUUGUGGCAACAAUACGGUUGGAUGGACGCACAGAGUGUUCGUCAAUUGAGGUAUGCACAAGUGGGGUACUCCUUUGUAACAAACAGAGGACUUAAGAUCAUCUCAUUAAACUCGAAUGUAUGGAAUACAAAAAACUUGUACAAUUUCUGGGACGUAACUAACAUUGAUAGUUAUGGAGUUUGGCAAUUCCUUAUUGAUGAGUUGUUGGAAAGUGAACUAUGUGACCAAAGGGUCUGGAUAACAGCUCAUUUACCUACUAAUUCUCACUCAUUAGCUAUACCCUCUAAGGUAUUUGCCAGAAUAGUUGAGCGGUUCUCUCCGAAAGUUAUAGCUGCCGUAUUCUUUGGACACACUGGUAAGGAAGGAUUUCAAGUGCAUUAUAGAAAUGGAGAUACCAAAGGGGUUGAUGAUGUUAUAAACUUUGCUUUGACAGCUCCUUCCAUUAGUCCUCAGGGUGGUAUGAACCCUGCUUGGAAAUUCUAUGCAGUGGAUACAGAUUCAUUUGACAUUGUUAAUUCGUAUACUUACUAUACUCCUUUGAACGAAACCUUUUACAAUAAUGGAGCCGAACCUGUUUGGAAUUACGGUCAUUCUAGCAGGGAGAUAUUUGAUCCCGAACACCUUUGGCCAGUGGAAAGAAACUUGGAUUCACAGUACUGGCAUCAUGUUGGUGAGAAGAUUAGAGAUUUGAGGAAUAUGACUCUUAUUUACAAUGAACUAGAGUAUCAGCAUUCUCCUUAUUUCCAUGCUGAAGUGAAGUCUGUUGAAAAUUUGGUUUCUGAUACCUACUGCAAGGUUACUAGUUUUACUAUUUCUCAAAGAAAGCAGUGUAUGGUUACUGAGGAUCAGGAUUCGUAUGUUGAGCCUCGGAAACUCACAGAUUAUGUGGUUAUAUUGAAGCCACACCAAGACCCGCUUUAUAAGGAACCAGAACAUGAGUUUGAUGAAGGUAAUUAUGAUUAUGACCAUGAUUCUAAUGAAGAUGAAGAUAGUGCUGAUAUUGACGAAGUUCCUAAAGGUAGGACUACUGCUGGUUAUGUUGAGAAUUAA